UGCGUGUCUGUAUGCCUUGCAGUGGAGACUACAUUUCCCAUAGUGCAUCUGUGAUGGAAACACAAAAGGCAACUGGUAUGCAGGUUCUGCUACCCCCGGUGCAUCAGAGAAGCAUCUCUGGUUGGUUGGGGCUGCUCCCCAAUUACCCCUGGGUGCUUGGGCACAGGGUCCUCUCGGUAUGAAUUCAGCUGACGGGCUCAAGCAUGAGAACGAAGAGAUGAAUCCCUGGCAAGGAGGUCUGGAGCAUGUGGAACCACACGGGGCAUUCUCGGGAAGAUCCGAAGGGAUUGUUUCGGAGGGGGGGAAAGCCGUGGAGAGUCGGCGCAGGUCAGGGAGGCAGCACCAAGCAAAGCAAGAGGAUAAACCCGCCUGCCAUCAGAGAGUUCUCAAGGGACCCCAAGACAGCAAUGCAGUCGCUGCCGAGAAACCCUAUAAAUGCAGUGUUUGCGGCAGGAGCUUCUCUCAAAGCUCCAACCUCCUGACGCACCAGAGGCUGCACACGGGCGAGAGACCCUACAAAUGCACCAGCUGCGGGAAAAGCUUCAACACCAGCUCGGCCCUCAUCGUGCACCGCCGGACCCACACCGGGGAGAAAUCCUACCGCUGCCCCGACUGCGGGCGGAGCUUCAGCGAGGGCUCGGUGCUGAUCAAGCACUGGCGGACCCACACGGGUGAGAAGCCCUACAAGUGCUCCCACUGCGGGAAAGGCUUCAGCCAGAGCUCCAACCUACAUGCCCACCAGCGGGUCCACACCGGGGAGCGGCCUUACCACUGCACUGACUGCGGGAAACACUUCAGCACCAGCUCCAACCUCAGUGCCCACCAGCGGGUCCACACCGGGGAGCGACCCUACAAAUGCCCUGAGUGCGGGCGGAGCUUCAGCCAGCAAUCCAACCUGAUCUCCCACCAGAGGACCCACCUGGAGGAGAAAUCCCACCUGUGCCCCGAUUGCGGAGAAGGCUUCGGCACCAGCGCCCAGCUCCUGACCCAUCGGAGGAGCCAUGCUGGUGACAGGCCUUAUAAAUGUCCAGACUGUGAGAAAAGCUUCCCCAGCCGCUCCGCCCUGAUCACCCAUCAGAGGACCCACACAGGAGAGAAACCCUACGAAUGUCCCGAUUGCCAGAGAGGCUUCACCCGGCGCUCAGACCUCAAUAAGCACCGCCGGGUCCACACGGGGGAGAGACCCUUUCGGUGUGCCAGCUGUGGGAAAAGCUUCAGCCAGAGCUCCCACCUGAUUACCCAUAAGAGACUCCAUCAGGAGGCAAAGCCCUAUAAAGGCAGCGUGAGAACCACACCGACAGUCCUCCAGGAAGAUGAUCCUGGUAAAGAUACCCAGAGCCGGGGAAGCGUCAGCCAGAGCUCAGCAGAGACCAGCGAUGGGGAAUCCCACCCAGCGGGGAAGCCCCAUCAAUGCCCCGACUGUGGGAAAAGGUUCGACGCCAUCUCCGAGCUCACUGUGCAUCGGCGAACGCACCGAGAGGAGAAAUCUCAUCCACGUGGUAACGCUGUGCAAAGGUUGAGUGGCUCCAGUCACAAUGCACGAGAGGACGCUGACCCAGAGGAGGAAGCUGAUCUGGGGAAAAGAUUGAAGGCGAGCCCAACACCCCCAAAUACAAAUCCCAAAACCCCGCUGGAGGAGGAGUUCUCUCCAUGCAUUAGCACUGAGCAGAGCCCUCAAUCCACCAGCUCCAAUGUCAGUGCAUGUCAGAGAGCCCUCUCAGAGGGAGAGUCCCUUCCAUGCACUGGUACGGAGCAGAGCCCUGUGCCGGCUGCCUGCCGGGCAGAGCCAAAGGGCCACAAGGCUCGCUCUGAUCCAAGCUCGGCCCCUCUGCACCAUCUGGCGGCAAAGCCCUUCAGGUGCUCCGAAUGUGGGAAGAGCUUCAGCCAGAGCUCCAACCUGAUUAAACACCAGCGGACCCACACAGGGGAGCGUCCCUACACCUGCACUGUCUGCAAGCGGAAUUUCAACACCAGCUCGACGCUGAUCGUACACCGCCGGACCCACACCGGAGAAAAAUCCUACCGGUGCCCCGACUGCGGGCGCAGCUUCCGGGACAGCUCGGUGCUGAUCAAACACCAGAGGAUCCACACGGGAGAGAAACCCUACAAAUGCUCCCACUGCGGAAAGGGCUUUGCCCAGAGCUCCAAUCUUCAUGCCCACCAGAGGACACACACUGGGGAGCGGCCAUACCACUGCCCCGACUGCGGGCGGAGCUUCAGCCAGCGCUCCAACCUCAUCACCCACCAGAGGACCCACACAGAGGAGAAAUCCUACCUCUGUCCCGACUGUGGGAUUGGCUUCGGUUCCAGCCUAGCCCUGGCAAUCCAUAAGAGGGCCCACGCGGAGGGUAGGCCCCACCAGUGCUCUGACUGCCAGAGGAGCUUCUCCCGGCGCUCGGACCUCAUUAAGCACUGGCGGACCCACACAGGAGAGAGACCCUACCUGUGCCCCCAGUGCGGGAGAAGCUUCAACCAGAGCUCUCACCUGGUGGUCCAUCAGCGAACACACCUGCCGGAGAAGCCUUACAAAUGCACCAACUGUGGGAAAAGCUUCAGCACCAGUUCUCACCUCCUUGCACACCAAGGGACCCACACGGCAUAGCCACCUGGCACUGGUGCGGUCCUAGAAAUGCCAGGCUGACUGGGCCUCGAGAGGGCAUCCAGUCCAGCCCCACCAGUGGAGGCAGGACCAAAUACACCUAGCCCGUCCCUGACAAGUGUUUGUCCAAUCUGGUCUUAAAAACCUCCAGUGGUGAGAGUCCCUCAAUUUCCAUAGGUCGCUUGUUCCAGAGCCGAACUCCCCUUAUGUGUUAGAAAGUUUUUCCACAUAUCUGGGCUAAAUCUUCCUUACUCCAGAUUAACUGAGACUAAUAAUACUGUUGCCUUCCUAUAAAUCACUUUUCACCUGUAGAGCUCAAAGCACUUCCCAAUUUCUAAUCUAUAGAUCCUCACAGCAGGAAGAGGUAGGGAAGCGCUAUUAUCCCCCGUUUUACAGAUGGGGGACUGAGACGCAGAGAGGCUAAGUGGCUAACUCGAGGUCAGACAGGAAACCCGUGGCCCAGCAGGGAGGUGACACUGACUCGCCCAUGUCCUAAGCCGGAGCCUUCACCAUUCGACCAUCCUUGCCCUCAGGUAUCUGAAAUCAUAGGUGCCGACUUUCUAAUAUGCCAGGGUGUGCUCGACCCUGCUCCACCCCAGGCCACACCCCCACUCCAUCCCUUCCAGACAGCUGUUUUGCGGCUGUGCCAGAACCCACUUUUUGUUUUCUGCAGGUGCUCCAGCCCUAGAGCACCCACAGAGUUGGCGCCUAUGGCUCAAAGAGGGGAGGAAGGGGGCCCUGGGGGAGACCUGGAUUCUGGAUUCUCCCUGUGUGACCUUGAGCAAGGUAAUUAGGGACCAUUGUAAUGCUCAUCUUGGGUAGACAUACACACCCUCGCUUUGAUCAAGCUUGCGUGCUCAAAAUAACAGCAAUGCUGCUGCAAGGAUGAGCUAGCGGCUGGAGUACAAUCCCAUCCGAGACCCUAGCUAUGCACUCAGGUGGCUAGCCCGUCCUGCCCCUCCUGCCUCAUGGCAGCUACACUCGGAGUGGUGGAAGCUUCCUAAAAGGGGAGGGGGGCAUUGACACCUGAUCCAUGGCUGCAGCCCUGUGCCGCCCUUUCUCUCCAAGGCCUCGCCUUUGUACCACCCCUUCUCCUGCAACUCCGCCCCUACCUCAUCUCUUCCUUCCAUGACCCUGCCCCCUGCUCACUCCUCUCUGCUCUCCCCCCCCCCCCAAUCAUUCGCCCUUGUGGCCGGUAAAAAGUGAUGGGGCCAGGGCCUCCUGGUUCCCCUGCAUUCUGGUGCCCUUGAGCUACCCCACUGUUUUUAGCAUGCUAGCUGGAUCAAAGGGAGCACAUGUACAUCUACCCACGCUGGAAAUUGCAGCUCCAGCUUUAAUAGAAACACGUCCUUAAGACUACAUUUUUCAAAGUGCCUCAAGAUUGAAAUCAAUGGGAGUUAAGUCCCUAUGCAGGUUUGAUGCCUUUGAACAUCUUGUUGAAUGCCUCCUUGCAUCUUUACAGGUUUCAGCGUGGUAACCGUGUUAGUCUGUAUCAGCAAAAACAACGAGGAGUCCUUGUGUCACCUUAGAAACUAACAAAUGUAUUUGGGCAUAAGCUUUCGCGGGCUGGAACCCACUUCAUGAGAUCUGAUUGGCAUUUU